CUAUCCCCUGGUUGAGUGAUUAACGAGGAAGAACGAACCCCUGAAACCUUAAAAAGGAGACAAAAAUGGUCGUUUACUCGUCGCCCGCAGCGUCGUUCGUUUUCUUCAACCUCCCCAGCAGUACUCGAUGCUGCUCUUCUAACAUUAAACUUCCACCUGCCAAAAUCACACCCUUUUGUUGCGCUGACUUGAAGUACGAUAAUUCGUCUCCAGCACGGGUCAACCCAGAAUCACCAAAGAGAAGCAACGGUGAGCAACUUGCACCGGACUCAACUUGCUCCAGCAUAUUAUGCUCCUGCACAAGAAGGCGUUUCACUGAAGCUGCGGCAGCGACGGCUUUGUUCCCAAUAUGCCCCUCCAACGCCUCCAAUUUACAGUCCGAUUAUAUGACUGUGCUGAAAAAGGUUCACCCUCCGAGACCAGAUUGGUACGAGGAGUUAUACGCAUCGGUUAUGGAUACAAGUAUGAAGUCCUAUGAAGCCGAGAUUGCAGGUUACAAGUCGCAAUUGUUCAGUAAUUUGAAGGGGAAGGCUCAUAAGGUGUUGGAGAUUGGCAUUGGCACAGGCCCUAAUCUCAAGUAUUAUGCCGGUGAUGCCGAUGUCCAGGUGUUUGGUAUGGAUCCCAAUGGAAAGAUGGAAAAGUAUGCACGGGCAGCAGCAGUGGCUGCUGGCCUGCCGCUUGCAAAAUUUGAAUUUAUACAAGCAGUUGGGGAGGCUAUACCAUUGAGUGAUGCUUCUGUUGAUGCAGUUGUUGGAACACUUGUAUUGUGUUCUGUUAAAGAUGUUGAUAUGACACUGAAAGAGGUGAAGAGGGUGCUGAAACCCGGUGGGUUUUACCUUUUUGUGGAACACGUGGCUGCAAAAGAUGGAACAAUUCUUAGAUUAUUACAGAGUGUUCUUGAUCCUCUCCAACAGACAGUCUCUGAUGGGUGUCACCUUACCAGGGAAACAGGAAUGCAUAUAUCUGAAGCUGGGUUUUCAGGCGUUGAGCUUAGCAUGGCUUUCUUGUCUAAUGCCUACUUUGUAAACCCCCACGUAUAUGGGAUAGCUUGUAAGUAACACCAAGAGUAGGGCAUCGAUGUUCUCAAUUGCAGUGAGCCCUGCUGCUCACCUACUUUUGAUGUGAGAGUACUAGAGAACCAUUGACACAUGGGGUUCCUUUCCUCUGUCUGUAAAUGUUGCAGAAGUAAUAUGGAGAUAAAUUAAAAGUUGUAUUAGAGUAGGAUUCUAUUAAAUGAAGAUCAGAUUUUAU